AGCCUAAACCUGGAAUAUUCCGUGUCGAAGAGGGCAGAAGAUUUCAUAAUGAUGUAAACGUAAAAUAUCUUUUACCAAAUGACGAUGAAGAACUUGAUCGGUUACAUUUGCAACAUUAUAUGAUGAGAUAUAUAUGGAAUAGCAAUUAUAACGCUCCCGUAGAUGAUUUGUUACAAAAAGAGGAUGCCAAGGUUCUUGAUUUAGGUUGUGGCGCUGGAUCUUGGCUCUUUGAGUUGGCUACGGAAUUUCCUUCUGUAUCUUUCACUGGAAUGGAUAUCUCACCCGUAAUCCCGUCAACAAUAAAACCUCGUAAUAUUAGUUUUGUGAGAGGAAAUGUUUUGGAAGGACUACCAUUCGAUGAUAAUACGUUUGAUUUUGUUCAUCAACGAUUCUUAGUUGCUGCAAUUCCUCUUAAUGAUUGGCAAAAUUUAGUAAAUGAACUUGUGAGAGUUUUGAAGCCUGGAGGAUAUUUGGAGCUUAUGGAAAUGGAUGUAGAAUUUAAACCACUUGGUCCAAGCGCGAAACUACUAGACGAUGCUUUUAUUAAAGUGAUGAUAGAAAACGGACAAGACCCACAUAUAAUUACAAAAUUACGAUCAUUCAUGGAAACAAACGGACAACUUGAAGACAUUGUAAGAGAGGAAAAAUUCGGUCCUUAUGACAAAAGUGCAGGUCGACUUAGUCAACUCGCUAUUGAGAAUCACAAGCUUGGGUUUACUGCUUUGAAAGCCACAUUAAUUAAGGUUCUGAAUAUCUCUUCAGAAGAAUAUGAUGAGCUGAUUCAAGCUAUGACAAUAGAAUUGUCCGAAUAUAAAACCUUUAAUCACACAGGUUUUGUCAAUAGAAAUGCACUAUACGAAGCUCCUGGUCACGGUGAUACAGUUUUUGGGAAAUUAAAUAAUAUCUCAAAACGCAAAGGUUAUUUAUACGGUAAUCCAAAAGUCAGCGAAGACAAGUAA